GGACACAUCUAAUAAGAGCUCCUGCAUUUGAAGCAAGUGAUGCUGCCAGGCGAAUAUGGGGUAAAAAGAGCAAAAUGAAAGCAUUGCCAAGGAGUUGAACAAAAUGCCCAAGUGAAUAUAUCGGCAUCACAACGAAAUCUGGGAAAGGAACUGGCAACCUGUCCGCAUUAAUUAAAAGGGGAAAAAUGAAGACGCCUGCUAAUUUCUGCUUUACCACAGAUAUGAAAAUCGGACUACUAAGUUGCCUGUUUUAUUUGACCUCAAAUGUGUGUCUGACCUCUCAGCAAGUCCUCCGAAUCGGAGGAAUUUUUGAAACCAUGGAAAAUGAACCAAUAAGCAUUGAAGAGUUAGCCUUCAAAUUUGCUAUUACAAAUAUAAACAGAAAUAGGACAUUAAUGCCAAACACAACAUUAACAUAUGAUAUUCAAAGAAUUAACCUCUUUGAUAGUUUUGAAGCUUCAAGAAGAGCUUGUGACCAGCUUGCACUUGGUGUUGCUGCUGUAUUUGGUCCAUCUCACAGUUCCUCUGUAAGUGCCGUACAAUCUAUCUGCAAUGCCCUAGAAGUUCCUCAUAUCCAAACCCGCUGGAAACAUCCAUCAAUGGAUAACAAGGACACAUUUUACAUUAAUCUUUAUCCAGAUUACACAUCCAUCAGUAGAGCUAUUCUGGAUUUGGUGCAGUAUUUCAAAUGGAAAGCAGUCACAGUAGUAUAUGAAGACAGUACAGGAUUAAUUCGAUUACAAGAACUGAUCAAAGCACCAUCCAGGUAUAAUAUUAAAAUCCGUAUUAGACAAUUGCCAGCAUUAAAUAAAGAUGCAAGACCACUGUUAAAAGAAAUGAAGAAAGGAAAAGAGUUUUAUGUAAUAUUUGAUUGUUCUCACAAAACAGCUGCAGAAAUUCUCAAACAGAUCCUGUCAAUGGGUAUGAUGACUGAAUAUUAUCACUACUUCUUCACCACACUGGAUUUGUUUGCUUUGGAUCUUGAGCCUUAUCGAUAUAGUGGAGUGAACAUGACUGGAUUUCGACUCCUCAAUAUUGACAACAGCCAGGUUUCCACUGUUGUUGAGAAAUGGUCAAUGGAACGCCCACAGUCAUUUCCCAAACCAGAAACUGGAUUACUAGAUGGAAUGAUGACAACAGAGGCUGCACUGAUGUAUGAUGCUGUUUACAUGGUAGCCGUGGCUUCUCAACGAACCUCUCAAAUGACAGUAAGCUCUUUGCAAUGUCAUAGACACAAACCUUGGCGUUUUGGACCAAGAUUUAUGAAUCUUUUUAAAGAGGCACACUGGGAUGGAUUGACAGGACAUAUUACUAUCAAUAAAUCUGAUGGUCUGAGGAAAGAUUUUGAUUUGGAUAUAAUCAGUUUAAAAGAGGAAGGAACAGAAAAGAUUGCCAGUGAAUCUUCUCACCGUCUUAACAAAGUGUGGAAAAAGAUUGGAAUUUGGAAUUCAAACGGUGGCCUUAACAUGACUGACAGUUAUAAAGAAAAGACAACAAAUAUUACAGAUUCCAUGGCAAAUAGAACACUUAUUGUGACUACAAUUCUGGAAGACCCAUAUGUCAUGCAUAAGAAAUCAGAUAAGCCAUUGUACGGAAAUGAUCGAUUUGAAGGAUAUUGCCUGGAUUUGCUAAAGGAACUGUCCAACAUUCUUGGUUUUGCUUAUGAAGUGAAACUGGUUUCUGAUGGUAAAUAUGGUGCUCAGAACGACAAGGGCGAAUGGAAUGGGAUGGUGAGAGAACUCAUUGAUCAUAAAGCAGACCUAGCAGUGGCUCCUUUAACCAUAACCUAUGUAAGGGAAAAAGUGAUUGACUUUUCCAAGCCUUUCAUGACUCUGGGGAUCAGUAUUUUAUAUCGAAAACCCAAUGGGACAAAUCCUGGAGUUUUUUCAUUUCUGAAUCCUCUAUCACCUGAUAUUUGGAUGUAUGUCCUACUGGCUUGCCUUGGUGUUAGCUGUGUACUGUUUGUCAUAGCAAGGUUUACACCAUAUGAGUGGUAUAAUCCCCACCCAUGCAACCCUGACUCGGACGUGGUGGAAAACAAUUUUACUUUACUAAAUAGUUUCUGGUUUGGAGUUGGAGCUCUCAUGCAGCAAGGAUCAGAACUGAUGCCCAAAGCCCUUUCCACCAGAAUAGUUGGUGGAAUCUGGUGGUUUUUUACAUUAAUAAUCAUAUCAUCAUAUACUGCUAACCUGGCUGCCUUCCUUACUGUUGAAAGAAUGGAGUCACCAAUUGAUUCUGCUGAUGACUUGGCAAAACAAACAAAAAUUGAAUAUGGAGCUGUGAGAGAUGGAUCAACCAUGACAUUUUUUAAGAAAUCCAAAAUUUCUACAUAUGAAAAAAUGUGGGCAUUUAUGAGUAGCCGACAGCAAACAGCUUUAGUGAAGAAUAAUGACGAGGGUAUUCAGCGAGUUCUGACAACUGAUUAUGCACUUUUGAUGGAGUCUACCAGCAUUGAGUAUGUUACUCAGAGAAACUGUAACCUUACUCAAAUUGGAGGACUCAUUGAUUCAAAGGGCUAUGGUGUUGGGACACCCAUUGGUUCACCUUACAGAGAUAAAGUCACAAUUGCAAUUCUACAAUUACAAGAGGAAGGCAAGUUACACAUGAUGAAGGAAAAAUGGUGGCGAGGUAAUGGCUGCCCAGAAGAAGACAGCAAAGAAGCCAGUGCUUUGGGUGUUGAAAAUAUUGGAGGAAUUUUUAUUGUACUUGCAGCAGGACUUGUUCUUUCUGUCUUUGUAGCCAUUGGAGAAUUUAUAUACAAAUCAAGGAAAAAUGGUGAUAUAGAACAGGUUAGCAUUGAUCAGUGUGAAUGGCAUAGCACAUGCUAAGUAAAGAUUUAUUAUGUAGUGAUGUGAAUAAAAUAAUACUUAAAAUAUUCUUUGUAAUAAAUUUAAAUGUUCAAUUAAA